AUGUCUACUUUUAUCCAGGAAGAAUCGCUAACGGCCCUCUGCCCCCUCUGCCAUUCCCGCCCGCCCAAGUACCGCUGUCCGGCGUGCGCCACGCGAACAUGCUCGGUGGCCUGCGUGGAGAAGCACAAGCUUUACGCGCAGUGCAGCGGACGAAUCGAUGCUACCGCUUUCGUGAAGCGCAGGGCGCUGCUGUCGUCGCCGGCGACGCUGAAUAGGGACUUUGGGUUCCUGACGGGCGUUGAGAGGGCGCUAGGGAGUGCUGUCGAGGAGGGAGAUGGUGGGGCGAGAGGUGAGAGGGGGAGGCUGGAGGAUUUUUUAAGGAGGAGCGGUGUGAGCGUUAAGUGGGCACCCAGGGGCAUGAAGAGGGCUGUGGAGAACUGUACCGCUGUGUCGAAGGGGAGGAAGGGGAAGCAUGUGAUUUGGACAGUGGAGUGGAUCGUUCUUAAUUCACGGGGUAUCGGGGAGGCGGAGAGGGUUUUGGAUAGGAAGUAAGCUUCGCUUUCCCGCCCCGCUCAUCUCUUGCACCGGGGUUAACUGUAGUAGUGUAUCGGAAAAUACAUCUAUUUCUCAGGCCUACUUCCAUCCUACACCUCCCACUAAUCCUAGCGGCGCCCACGAAAACUCGGACUCCCAACUCCAACCCUCUCGCAAAAAAAUCAAGAAGAAACAGGAAACCCCGCAGACAAAGUUUUACUUGAAAAAGAUUGGAUGCCCAGCGAAUGACCCCGUACUGACCAAGCUCGACGGGAGCAAGUCCCUAUCGGUAGCACUGAGAGGAAGGGCUGUGGAGGAGUUUCCGACAAUACUGGUUUGGGGCGGGGACGGGGAUCCGAUGGGAUAUGGGAUUGAGAGCGGGGUUUUGAUCGAGGUGGUUGAUGGAGGGGAGAUGGAGGUUAAGACGGAAACGGAGGAUGUGCCGGUACAGGACAUGGAAGCUACGGAGGAAGUAAAGCAGGCGUGCAAUGACACCGAUCACAACACCGACAUCCCUCAAACUAUUGAAACCGCCUCUACAUGGCAAUCAAUCGCGCCUAAAUCCAACGACGAAAGCACAGGAACCUAGACGGCCUAAGGCUCCCUUCCCCCCCCCCCCUUUCCUGUCACCUACCUACAACCAUCACCAAACCGCAGCACACGCAACAUACGCUUGAUGUACUCUACCGCUACUCAAAAUAGGUAUCAAGUUAUAGACCAUUGAUUUGUUUGAAUAGAAUUUGUACCA